AUGGUGGUCCUAGUUGAUCUGGGAGACGAUGAACUGCCCAAUUUAGAGACGCCCCAUCCAUCUUCCGGCCGGUUCAACGUCUUGCCGCCCCGUCGCUCCCUUGAUGCAGACGACGUGACGACAGCAGCCGAGAGGCCGAACCCGAAUAUCAAUGGAUUCAGCGCGGCACUUAGCUGUUAUCCGAUAGUCAGUCAGCUCGCUGCUCAGCUCGACCUCAACACGCUUCACGACCUCUCACGUACUUGCAGGCAGUUUCGCGCGAAUCUGCUCGAAUAUCGCAGCCAGCUGGUCAAACAUACGCUUCAUUGCGAGAAUGAAGACGAUGACCUCAAUGAGAAGCUUGGCUCGCGACUGCAGGAGGGGCGAAAUGGUUCGGUCUUGGAGAACCGCAUGACGACUGGUCGCGUUGGUAAAUGCGCCCGCGAUAUGGUUGGCGACUGUCAGCGGUGUGGGACAGUCGUAUGCCGGAACUGCACUAUGAAGCCUCCACCGACGCCUACGCUCAGAGCCCGCCAUCGUCGGCUAUGUCGAACGUGCACGAAAGCACCCCUCACACUGCUCAUGGCUGUGCAGAAGCAGCGCUCCUUGUCGACGUCCCCUUCGCCACCCGGGUCACCAGAAACACACCCAGUGCUCUUCGAUGGUGACAAGCCACGCGCCUUUACGGCGCCAGCUUUCGAGCGUACACCCUGCAACUGCGAUAACGUAGUUUGGCUCUGUGCGCCAUGUGGCAAAGACCUGCGAAACGCCGAUACCACCUACGUGCGCGGUUGGAGCUGGCGCACCAUGUACAGCCACAUGCACGGCGGCGUAGGCAUCGGCCUCGGCGAGGGCAACGAAGGCGUAGAAUGCGGACGAGGCUCCGCAUGCCUAGGCGCACACAUCGUCGAGCACGAGACCUGCGAGCAAAACCUCCUCGACACCAUCGAGAAAGAGAGAUCGCAAACCCCUGAGUCACCCGAACGCUGGAGGGGCUCUUCUUACCUUACACAGGAGAUCGAAGGCAUCGGCGGUGUGCUCAAGGUCAAACACAAAAAGCAGGUGCGCGUCGGCGAAUGCGUCAAGCUGUUUGAGGACGAGAAGAAGAAGUCGAUUCAGUAUCUUGAGCGAGAGGUCAAGGGCGAGCUGAGGAGUUGGUGCUCUUGGUGUGAAAGGGUUGUGCUAGGUAAGAAGGACAAGGCUGAGAUCAAUGGGGAAAGACCCUCGUCGAGUGGCUCGAGCUCAUCGUCUAGUAAACCAGUAUUUACGUAUAGAUACUGA